AAUUAUCCCGAUGUGAUACUCUCCAUAUAAAUAAAUUACUGAUAAAUAUAUUGAACUAUCUCAAAAUGGAAAUUUUGCUGAGGUUCUUCAAUAACGUCAUUCUGAUGUUCAUCAGUUUUUUAAUAGCCAUUUAUUUCGGCCGACGUUUUUUCCUGGCUAUGACUCAUCACUACAAGAUUGUCGCUGAAAUUAUUGAGUUCAAUUCGAUCGUGCGAGAGGCGAGAGACAGCUUGGAUUAUGUAACGACCCAGAGCCUUGCUCUUAUGAAAGAUAUUGAAGGAGACAUUGCAAAAGAGCUCCAUAUGACAAACGACUUAACGAGAUUGAGUUCUAAAACGUCAAUGCUGUUGAAAAGAUAUGGAGAAACCGAGGAACGAGUGCUGGAGCUGGUGAGGAUGAACGAAAAUAUGGCGAAUGUCCAGUUGGAAACCCCCGAAAACAUAAAAUCCGAGAUGAAGAAAUCAAUAAUGAAAUUAAAGAGGAAUAAACUCGAAUCUUACACCAAAGAUAUGACUCCAAAAUCAGAUAAUGUUCUCACCGAAUAAAUGAGACGGACUUUUUCAA